AUGCCUUUACUCGGGCGCGCAUCUUCCAACCCUCCAGUCCGCCAGCCCGCACCGCCCGCCGCCAGGGGGCAGCAGAGCCCGCUCCAGACGCCGCCACGGAGGCCGAGUAGGGUCGCUUCCGCCGAUGCCCUCUUCCAAGAUGGCUCUGGUGCGGCUUCAGCUCUGCCGGGCGACAGCGAGGCGGAGCGGUUAAAGUCGGUGGGAGGGAUGUUGCGAGCGACGUUGUGCCUCGUGUCGUCGCUGGUCUGUGGGACCCGGUCCUCCAAGCACAUCUCCAAGCUGGCUUAUCACCAGGGUGUGGUCAUCGUGACUUGCCCUGGCUGCCAGAACCACCACAUCAUCGCGGACAACCUGGGCUGGUUCUCCGACUUGGAUGGGAAGAGGAAUGUUGAAGAAAUCCUGGCUGCCAGAGGGGAGAAGGUGUGCCGAGUGGCCGGUGAUGGGGCCCUGGAGCUGGUUUUAGAGGCAGUGGGAGCCCCUAAAUCUGCUGCAACAGAAGAGGUUGAGGACCAAGAUCCUACCCACCCUGGCAAGACAGAGCCCAGGUGACCCUACCUUAUGCCCUUAAGAACGAUGCUUUGACCCUGGGCCGCUCUGCACUUACCUGUUUCUGUCAAUAAACAGAUAUCACUUGCAGGUGACAGGCCUUGGGCUCUCCUGUUGUCCCUAGUUCUGGAGUUAGAAUGACUUACAGGAACUCCUCCAGGUGCAGCUGUAGAACUCCUGGCCCACCACUGUCACCCUGCUCAGAUGAACCGCCCUUGUACUUGCCUCAUGCAGGUCAUGUCCGUGUGGGAAGGGGCUGGACAUGGGGCCUGAGACCCUCCUGACUGGCUGUGUGGACUUGGGGAGGUCACUUUGCCCCUCUGAGCCUCUGUCUUCCUGUGUGCAGAUGAAGAUGCUCAUAGUGUCACCCUGUCAGGUGCACAGAUGGGAAGAGCAGACUUGGGACGGGCACAGGGUGACUCAGUUGGCUCAUUUGUGCCCAAAAUGUCUGAGGAGAGGCCUGGAAGGGAUGGCCAGCUAGCCACUGUUCCUCCUGGGGGCAGGAUCAGCGCACCUUGUGGGUCCCAUUUCUCUGGCCAGACACAGGGAGGCCCCACAGAUCCUUCCCAUGCCACCUGCUAUCCCCUGGAUACAAACCAGGCUGCUCACUGCAGCUGCAGAUGGGCUGGUUGGCCUUGGUGACAAGACCAGUGGGAGCUGGGCUGCCAUCUGAUGGGUGGGGGGCCGUGAGUGCCCCACGUGGUUCCCCCACCUCUGGGGUAUGCAAUUUGUCUUGCAACCUUGUUUGACUGCCUUCUCAGGAUGUUCCUGUGUUUAUAAAAGUGUGUUUAUUUCCA